UUUAUAUCUAUCGUUUGUGUGCGAGCUACAAGACGUAUAGUGUCUUUUGUGUAAGCUAAGCGUAAAUUUAUAAUUUGUAAAUUGCACGACAAUUGAAUGCUGUAAUUUAUUUUACGAACAUAUUUCCCAUAAACGUAUUCAGUCGCAAUUUUUGUUCGUAUCUUCGACUGGGGUGGCUCAUUGUUUGUUUCUAAUUCGCUUAAUUGUUUGCUUAUAGUUAUUAUUUUUUGUGUAUGAGAUAGAGAGAGAGAGUGGUCUUCCGUUAACUUAAACAUACACACAAUUAAUCACAUCGUAUCUAAAGAAGUAACACAUAUUUGAAAAAAGGGUGGAUUAGUCAUGGACGGAUUUGGCGAUAAUUUUGAUCAAGCUGAUGUUGAUCCAGCUGCCGAAUUUUUGGCACGUGAAAAAGAUCAAUUGGCUGGUUUGUGCGACGAUGUUAUUCCAGCAGCAAGUGAAUCAAACACCAGUGAAGGUGCACCGGCCAAUUCAGAAGAUGGUAAACAAGAGUUUUCCGGCAGUUUUGAAAUGAUUAACAAUGACAUUGAACAGGAUUUUUCUGCUUCAAACGGUACAGGUUUCAUUAGCUAUGAACAUGAAUACGAAUUCAAUGAAGAAGUGAAUCCACCUGUACGUGAAGAACCGGAAAAAAUAAAGAAAUGGCGUGAAGAACAGCAAACGCGUCUCGAAGAAAAGGAUCGCGAAGAGGAGAAGAAAAAGUUGGAAUUGCGCGAUCAGGCAAAGAAAGAGCUGGAAGAUUGGUACAAGAAUCAUGGGGAAGCGAUCAGCAAAACGAAAGCGUCCAAUAGGGAAUCGGCAAAAAAUGCAGAGAAGCAAUUCGUAGCUGAAACAGCUGAAAUUGAACCGGGCACCGAAUGGGAACGCAUUGCAAAACUGUGUGAUUUCAAUCCAAAAUCAAGCAAAUCGAGCCGCGACGUGAGUCGAAUGCGAUCAAUCAUUCUACAAUUGAAGCAAACACCAUUGACCAACAAUGCCUAAAGAGCCUUGAUUGUUAAUAAAAUUAAUACAAUAAAAAAAAUAUGAAGAAAUAUUCGAUUAAUAAAAAAAAUUACUUAGAUAAAAUAAGAUCAA